AUGAUCAAUACAGACGUAGACCAUACGGAUGAUUUAUGUCCGAUAUGCAAAGAGCUUGAUGAGAAACUCAGUACGUCCCAAUUUGGAGAUGCGCGGGUCCUGUCCGUUCCCAAGGACUCCUUCCACCAAGACUUUGUGUCCGGCAAGACACUGUCUAAUCACUUCCACGCCGAUAAGCUUGUCCUCGAGAGUUAUAGGUCAAACCAUGUUUUUGCUGAAGCAGGUGGAAGGACAUGCACAGUUCAGCCGGUGAAGAUGAAAACACCGCUGAGAAUCAUCGACUGCAGUGCAUUACAGGUAAGGGAACUGAUGCCUGGCGAGUCUUAUGUGCGCCUGAGCUAUUUCUGGGGUAAUGUAGCUCCUGCAAAAGUUUCACUAGGCUCGCAAAUAGACCCUGGAACAAUUGCAUCGAUGCAUCUCAUCUAUGGAGGGGCAGAAGUCACUAUUGCAGCAGCAUCUGGCAUAGAUGCAUUGCAUGGUCUUCCUGGUGUUCUGACCUUCCAAGAAGCUGUGUUGCCUGUGCAUCUUCUCGUGUUCACUGAUAGACAAAUAUAUUUCCAGUGCUACAAAGCUCAUCAUCUCGAGCACUACAAAUCCGAAGACCCACUAAGCAGGCAACGCAUAUUUCUCUUUACAAGAACCGAUCUUGAGCCUCUAGCAACCUUCACACUCUUAACAGAGUACUUUCCUAAGGAACUUCCUUUCGCCAAAGACAGGUCUGGUUUGGUGGACUUCGCAUCGGAACGUGGAUACUGGAGUGGAAGAACCCUCGCUCCUGAUGUGUCUGGACUACCUUCGUGGACUUGGGCAUCUCAAAAGUCAACAUAUAGAUCUUUCAUCACGGCACGAGAUUUCUUCGACCUUGACGCAUCAUGGUCGAAUUUUCGAGAGCUGAGGUACCAUAUCACGCAUCGGGAUGGGAAAACCAUUGAUGUUUUCGAAUUUGUCACAUCAUCUCUUCCAGAACAUUAUUCAAACUUCUUCCCUUGGAUUGAUAUUACUUCAUGGACCGUUCGGAGCCAGAUCACAACGCCGGAUCUAAAAUAUUCCAACAAGACUCUCUUUGGUGGCAUGAGAAAUUCAGGCUUUAAAUUUGACGAAGGUGUUCCACAGAAUGACGAGGCAAUCACGGCAGUAUUCAUAGGUACUGGUGAAGCCUGGUCCCAUAGCGUAGACUCAGAGGGUGGUCUUGUAUUUUUUCUUGUACGUCCAACUACGCAGAAUACAUUUUCACGCGUCGGAAUAUGGUAUCUGUAUGAGGAAUCCAAGCUCCUCUCUCUCGAACAGGUAAUGGCAGAUCCAGAGCCUACGCUUCUUGAAAGAUUUACGGAAGAUCCCCAGAAAUACUUGGAAUUCUGUGGGCUAAGGUAUGGCGCUGUCGUAGAGAAAAAGACUCUAAGAUUAGUUUGA